AUGGUGUUCCUGCCGGUGGGGACGGCGCUCCUGUACGUGGCCUCCGUUGCCGCGCGCUUGAUGCUCCACGACGAGACCUGGGAUGCCAGCUUUUCGCGCACUGUCUUCUACGCCCUCGGGAUCUUUCUGAGCGUCGGGAUGCCUCAGGUGCCGCGGAGCAACGCCACGCGGGGUUACUUCAUCAUGUGGGUGUGGUACGGGCUGCUGCUCACCGCUGUGUACCGCUCCUCCCUCACCGCCUUCCUCACCAUCCCCCUCGCCCAGACGCCCAUCAACACACUGCAACAGUUGGUGUCCUCGACCCUGCCAGCUUGGGGCGCCACGGGUCUCACCUUCAAGAAAAUGCUGCAGGAGAACCCAGACCCGAUGGUGCAGCAGCUCGCCCUCCGCUACGAGCCAGUGAGCGGCGCCGAGGAGGGGAUCCUGCUGACGGCACAACGGAAGUACGCCAUGAUGGAGAACCGGCAAUUCCUGGAGUACACGAUCGCCACUAACUACACCAACAAGUACGGCGAGGAGACACUGCACGUGAUGCGGGAGUGCUUCCUUCCCUUCAGGAUCGGGAUGGCUAUGCCCAAGAAGGCGCCGUACAAACCCAACCUGGAUCGAGUGGUGGACCGCGUGGUGGAGGCGGGAUUGGUUCGGAAGUGGUUCAGCGACAUUCUCUUUAGCAGCAGGAAGCGCGGCACGGCAGGGAGCGAGGAGAGCCGCGGCGAGGCCCUCACUGUGGAUAACCUGCAGGGUGCGUGGCUGCUGCUGGGCGCCGGCUGGGUCGUGUCAGGGGCAGCCAUUCUGCUGGAGCUGCUGUUCGGUUCCCCAAGCCGCCAGCCCGGUACUGAUCCACACUCGGCCAAACCAUGAACUCAAGAUGAAAGGAAGACUACGAAUAGAGUAUCGGGAUCUAGUAUGUGUGUGAAAAGUCAGAAUGUAACGUUUUGUAGUGUAGGUACGUACAUUUUGUAUAGUUUAACUAAUCCAAACUUUUAAUUAUGAGGAAAAAAUAAAAGAUGUAAUUACUGAGGUUUAGUGCAAUUUAUUUUGAUGCUAAAUGUAAAAUUAAUAGGGAGAAUUGAGAACUACUGUGUUAGCUACGACAAAGCGUGGCUUGUUUAUUAACGGGCAGAAUUUAUGGUUUUCUGGAUGGAGGGAGAGUUGAUGUAUCGUAGAGUUGCCUUCACAGUAAAACAAGUUCAAAUC